AUGAACUCUAUAACCAAGCUUGAGAGCUGCAUCGAACCAGUGGUCAAACUCCUGUUCGACUUUUUCGAUUCUAGAAUAGCCUCGUCACCGGGCAAAGUGAACCUGAGCGUAUGGCUUCGUUUCUUUGCGUCGGAUGCCGUGGGAAAGCUCGCCGUGCGUUGGUUUUCCUAUUUCCUUUCGUUAGGCUUAUGGAGCAACCAUAAAACCACCUGUCCAACGUCAACCUCGAUCCUCAAAUAUCAGUUUGGCAGCAACUUUAAUUUCCUCGUCUUAGGAUCAGAUCCCAACCGCCUACAACUCGCUUUUCUAAACCUUUCCUACAUGGGUUGCGUUGCUGGCACGCUCUACCGCCCAUUUAGCACGCUUGCAGUUCGGCUAAUGUGGAGACUCUCUGAAGCUACUCCGAAAGUUAUUCGGGAGGCUGCCACAGCCAAGACAAAUGAGCGCUUCGAGCAGAUGCGUCGGAACGCGGGCGGUUCCGACAACGAAGAUAUGCUUUCAGGUUUCAUUGCUUGCAAACGGCCUAAAAUCAAUGAAGAACAACCUGAUAGCAAGGAGGGAAAUGACACCCUGACACGAAAGGAAGUGGCCGCGCAAGCAUCGUCUGUGUUCGGUGCAGGAAGUGACACUACAUCUGGUGCACUUAAUGGUUUCUUUUACUGUAUCCUCAAGCACCCUCGCGUCUACGCAAAGUUGAUGAAAGAAGUUGACGAGACGUACGCAGAACUUGGUUUUGGCCCGCUGGAUGAAGCCCAGGACGAAGCGAGUGCACUGAAGUACGCACAAGGUGUGAAGAUGGAGUAUUUCCAAGCAUGCCUCAAGGAGUCGUUGAGGCUUGUCACUCCAAUUGGGAUGGAAAUGCCAAGGGUAGUUCCUGAGGACGGACUUAGUGGCGUAACGGUUGGGACAAGUGCAUUCGUAUACCAUCGGACAGAAGGCGCCUAUGGGAACGACGCGGCGGAGUUUAGGCCUGAGCGGUGGUUGGGGUUGAGUGAGGAAGACCGCGCAAUAAUGGAGCGGAACUUCCUUACGUUUGGUGCAGGCUCGACUGCAUGCAUUGGCAGGAACAUCUCGCUCAUGGAGAUCACGAAGGUCAUCCCACCAUUACUUCAUCGUUACUGGUUCAGAAUCCCAUCGGAAAGUCCCCGAACAUCUCAAUCCCCUCGACGAGAAUUAAGUGGGGAGUAUUCCCCGAAUGCUCCAUGGUCCAUACGAUGUCACUGGCUUUUUGAGACAGAUGACUUUUGGGUCGAGAUUUCUCGCCGCAAUCCUCACUAA